GGCAAAAGAUAGUAAUAAAAUAGAGCUACUUUAGACAUUUGGCAUUGGCAAUGGCAAUCUUUCGACUUUCCAUGAAAUUUUCGUUUCUAAAACAGACGGAAAAGCAUAUUUGAACCCACACUGAUCUAUCCUUCCAUUUGGUGUACGAACUACGAACCAACAAACAAGGGAAGUUCUGUUCUGUUAUCGAGAAACUUGUUCAAUUUCUUCGCUCAAAAAUCAAUCUAAAAUAUAAACCCUAGAAAACUUGAUUUUAAACUGCUUCAAAUCCAUCGUCUCUACUCCUUAUCCCAGCGUUCUAAAUUCAUUCCAUUCACUAACUGCAACUCAGAUCACAACUCUUCAGGUACUUUUUGAAUGUCUGAUUCUGCAUCUGAGAUUAUGAUUGCGCCAACAGCGCCGAAGAGAAUAAAGCUCAGCGAGUCUGAAAAUGAAGACAGACUCGGUGAUUUACCCGAAACUGUUAUUCUUCACAUACUCUCAUUCUUGAAUGCCAAACAGGCUGUUGAAACUUGCGUUCUGUCCAAAAGAUGGAAGGAUCUCUGGAAACGUCUUCCAAAACUUAUUUUGUAUUCUAAUGACUAUCGAACUUAUAAGAUAUUCACCAAAUUUGUGUCUAAGGUUUUAGCUCUUCGCGAUUCCUCUAUGGCAUUGCAGGCCCUCGAUUUUAGGCGUCAAAAUGGUUGCUUGGAGCUUCACAUACUCAAACGGGUUGUAAAUUAUGCUAUUUCGCACAAUGUCCAGCAGUUAGGACUUUAUGUCAAUGGUGACAUUGCAGAAAUUCCGUCUACUGUGUUUUCUUGUCAGACUUUAACACAUCUUAAGCUUUCGAUUUACCCGGGUCUUAAUCGUGAAACAAUGUUUCCAAAAUCUCUUACUUUACCGGCAAUAACCAACUUGCAACUAGAGCAUUUUACAUUUUGUGUUGGCGAUAAUGACCGUGUCGAGCCAUUUUUGAACUUUAAUAGGUUGAAUAGUUUGGUUAUUUCGAAAUGUAGUGUGAGAGGUGGACAAACUCUUUACCUAUCAAAUGCGACACUUAUAAAUUUUACUAUAUAUGAUGACGGAGACAACUUUUACAAAGUUGAUCUAUGUACUCCAUGUCUUUGUACAUUUGUUUUUACCGGUACCCCAUAUCAGAGAAUUUCUGGGUGCAAUGCUUCUUCUCUUAAGCAUGUUGAUAUUGAUGCCGAUAUAUCUUCAUGUCCUGGUGACCCUCCUCUGUUUCUAUUUAGCUGGCUGCUAGAGUUUGCUAAUAUAAAAUCAUUGACAGUCUCUGCAGCUACUCUUCAGGUUCUCUCCUUACUUCCUAAUUUGUUGAAUAUUAAACUCCCUUCCUUGGUUAACUUGAAGUCAUUGAGAAUUAUUAUAAAAGCACUUGAAUAUGGAUUUCGCAAGAGACUGUGCGAUGUCAAGUUACGGAAAGUCAAGUCAAAGAAAGAAGCUGCUAGGUUAAGAAAAGCAUUUAAAAAAGGAUUGGAACCAUCUCCACUCGUACCUGAAGGAAUAGUGGACUUCUUGCUUCAGAAUUCACCCUCCGCAGAAGUUGACUUCAUAGAUGAAGAAAGGCUACCUCGUAGAGCGAGAGAUUUAUAAUUGGUACCUGGAAACUUUUAUUAGAAGAUAGGAAGUGAUCCAUUAUGUCGGAUGCAGCUCUUGAAGGAGUGAUACGAGGCAGUUAGGAAAAUUGGGCUGUGACUGUGUUUAACAGCCAAAUGAAGUGACAAUUAUUGAUUAAGUGGAGAAACUCUCUUGUUCCAGUCUGACAUUAAUUAAGUAAUAUUAGUGCUAGUAGUACAGUUACUGAAAUAUUGUUUGUAUAUAUGUUAUUUGAUGUUCUAAUGUUUCGGCUCAAGUUCAUUUAGAAGUGGUUAGAAAUUCCACCCUUAAGGUGGAUAAGUGGGAUGACUAAGGUUCGAGCCCCGGUCCCCUCCAUAUAUAAUGCAAUGUUCUGCUAAC